UACACUCAAUGUGCGGUGCUGGUGAACAGCGUCAAACAAUGCCCCCCUCCCUCAAACACAAGAAUAACUUCUCCCGAGUUUUCACCCCCUCGCCUUGGACCAGUCCGAAACAGAACAUCAUGGCGAUUGAUGGUGGUGGUGGGAGGAGCUGUGGGGUGCAUGAGCUCAUCUGUGCCAGACGAGUGUCUCCUGAGCUGCUAGGGGUCCUGUCCUCCAUUGCAGCCUUCAUGGGCCUGAUGGCUCUCUUUUUUCUUUACCUCAGCAACAAGCUGUCUGUGGAGAGCACAAGCGACCUGUCAUGUCUGGAUGACUAUAGGCCCGACCAGCAAGACCAGAGCUGCCCAGAACAUGGCUCUGAGGACGAUAGUGAGGAGGACAGACCAGGGAGACACUCUGAAUCCUCAGCCCAGCACAGAGCCUCAGUCUGGGAUAACAGACAGAAACACACCAGCCAUCACAGCAGUGAAGCCUCCAUUGGACAAACCAACAAUAUCCAGUGGAUGAGACGGGGCUCCCCCCUCAACGAGAACCAGCCUCCCCCGUAUCAGGACGAGGAUAGACCGGUCCGGGUGUCUCUCUCGCGGUCGGAGGUAGGGGGUCUGGAGGAGUCGAACCCUGACGGCAAUGGUACACGGCGAUCCAGCAAGGCCAGCGUUGACCAGGACACUGCGAGUUACCUCAACAAGGGCUAUGAUGAGGAUGUACCUAGUGACAGCACUGCCGUCCUGGGACCAGAGGAUGGUUCACCCUCCCAGCUUCCCGGUGGCUAUGAGCCCGAGCCACUGGCUAAGUACGGCACGCUGGACGUGGCCUUCGAGUAUGACUCGGGCAAGCAACACCUCGCCGUCACUGUCACUGCGGCAACCGACAUCCCCGUGCUCAAACAGACAGGCAACAUCGCGUGGCAGGUACACCUGGUUUUACUGCCCACUAAGAAGCAGCGGGCCAAGACGGGGGUGCAGAGGGGGCCGUGCCCAGUGUUCACAGAGACCUUCCGCUUCUCCCGGGUGGAGCAGGAGGCACUGGCGGACCACGCCGUCCGGUUCCGCCUCUACAGCGUCAGGAGGAUGAAGAAGGAGAAGGUGUUGGGCGAGAAGGUUUUCUAUUUGACUAAACUCAACCUGCAGGGCAAGAUGGCGCUGCCCGUUACACUGGAGCCUGGCACUGCACUAAUGGGCUGUGGGUCGUUGGUGAGUGUGUCCCGUAGUGCAGGGGCUCUAUCCUACCGUUCCACCAGGGACUCCUCCCCAGAAAUUCUACUGGGCCUCAUCUACAACGCCACCACUGGUAGGCUCUCUGCAGAGGUCAUCCAGGGCAGCCACUUCAAAAACACAGCCUCAGACAAACCUCCCAGUGGUCUGUUCUGUUGUAUGAAACGGUUCAUCGGGGGACAACUUUACAUCAUGAGAGACACCUACGUGAAGCUGACCAUGCUCGACUCCAAGGGCAAGGAGAUGUCCAAGUGCAAGACGUCAGUUUGCCGCGGCCAGCCCAACCCCACUUACAAGGAGACCUUUGUCUUCCAGGUGGCCCUCUUCCAGCUGUCCGAGGUCUCCCUGGUGGUGUCCGUGUACAGCCGGAGGAGCAGCAUGAAGGCCAGGGAGAGGGUGGGCUGGGUGUCCCUGGGGCUCAACAGCACCGGAGAGGAGCAGCAGGCCCACUGGAGCCAGAUGAAGGAGGCCGGGGGACAGCAGAAGAUGAUCAAAAUACGACCAUCUCGUACAAUGGACCAUUUUCAUCCUGAACCGAGGACCAAAGAGUGUGUGGAAGAACAACGACCAAAACAAGCCAGCCCCCUCACAUUCUUCUGGAGUUGUCCUGGCCAUAGAAAUAGAAUUACAAGAAGGGGAAAAGCCCCACUGCAAUUUAAAUGAUACAAUCAUGGAUUCACUCAAUAUGGCCGAAAUGUUAAUUCUAUUUCUAAUGGUACCGACUUCUAAUAACACCAGCAUCAGUCAUUUCUCAACUAACGCUCACAGCCAUUGGUAACAGGUAUGAUGCUACCAUGACUGUUAAAGCCAGCUGGGCCUGUAACAACUAUGCUAACGAGCUAUGCUUAAUUUUUUACACUUUGUGACAUUAUGCAACAUACAUUUGACUGAUUUUUUAUUUUGGGGGUUUCUUUCGACAGCCAUUUCAUCUCCCGUUGUAAUAGCGUGUAUUAUCUUGUGUGCAUGUGUUCAAGACCACAAAAUACAAAAGUACAUCUUCAGAAUCACAUUUAGCAUCAUUUGAGAAUUUUUGUGGCUCACUGAAUCAGACAACUCUGUAACCAACACCAUCCUUAUAAAAGACCCAUCACCUUUCGUGUAUUGCAUAUUCGAAGCUACAGUGCCUUCAGAAAGUUCACACCCCUCGACUUGUUCCACAUUUUGUUGUUAAAGCCUGAAUAGUAAAUAGAUUUUUUUUGUCACUGGCCUACACACAAUACCCCAUGUCAGUGG